AGGCGGGAAUUUCCUGUUACGUUUUUACGCAUGUCAAGAUGGAAAUGUUGGAAUUACAGCAGGCUCACAUGUUCCAUCUCAACUAACGACUGUGUGGUACUCUGUGAUGGGUCGUUGGAAAAGUGUUACUAUCGCGACGGAAGGUGGACUCAUAUGUUUACAGUUGUAUUUUCCACUUGAGGCACGAUGAGUCUGGCUCUUUCUGAUCUCUUGGUGUGCUGCAGGGGACUAGAGAAUGACAAGGUUACAGAGAGGAAGAAAGAAGCUGAACGCUUCAGAAAGCUCAUACGAUCUCCAGAGAUUGUGCAAGAACUUGAUCGUACCUCGGGGCCUAAAACCAAAGGCUCCAAACAACUCACAUGGGAUGCUGUUUUCAGAUUUCUGCAGCGAUACCUCCAACGGGAGACUGAAACCAUGAAAUCGAGUAAAUCCAACGUCACGACCACAACGCUGGCCAUCCGGCAGAAGAAGAUGUCUGAAAUAAGCAGUUUGAUCAGAUUUUUUGUGUGCUACGCAAACAAACGUGGGCCUCGGCUAAAGUGCAGUGAGCUGCUGAAGCAUGUGAUUGACGUUCUUCAAAAUUCAUACAGCUGUUCAGCCUUUGGAAAAGACUACAGCAACCUGCUUCUAAGGGAAAUCCUGUCUGUUCGCAAGUACUGGUGUGACAUCACUCCACAGCAGUGGCACAGUCUUUUGGAUGUGUACAGCCGCUUGUUUACCUCCUCAUCCAAAUCCAUUAACCGUGUUCUUGUAAGUCGGGUCAUCAACACGGUGGUGCGGGGCUGCUGCAUGCAGACUGAUGGAUUCAAUAAAACCCUGUUUAGCUUCUUCUCCAAGGCAUUGCUCAAUGCAAGGCAUGAGAAACAUUUGACUGUUUUGGAGCAUGUUAUCUCGGCUCUUAACACCUUCUUGAAAGCUGUGGCAAUGAACUGUCGGAUGAGGGUGUGUCAACUGGGGGAGGAACUGCUCCCAUCAAUACUGUAUGUCUGGACCAACAUGAGGCCCAGUGAUGCUCUCAAAGAGGACAUUGUGGAGUUCUUCAACUUGCAGCUCUGCAUCCAUCAUCCCAAAGGAGCAAAGACCCAGGACACAGGUGCUCAUGCUGAGGACUGGGCCAGGUGGCGAGAUUUGCUGUACAACCUCUAUGAAGCAUUAGUUAAAGAAAUCAGUCAUAUUGGGAGCAGAGGGAAGUAUGUCACUGGCAUGAGACAUAUCGCCGUCAAAGAUAACAUCAUCAAGCUCGCAGCUGAUAUUUGUCACCAGCUUUUCAGUACUGACGGAGACUCUCAGAUCUCUGAGGCAACGCAGGCCUCUUCCCUGAUAGCUAGUUCCCUCUGUGGAACACCAAGCAAGCGACGACGAAUUGACCUCAGUUGGGAGGUUCUUUUGGACCGCCUGCAACCUCAUUGUAGCGACUUUGAUAUCAUUCCAUGGCUACAGAUCACAGAAGCACUCAUAUCGAAUUACCCAUCAAUGGUACCCAGCCAAGCGACAGUCCCACUGUUAUCAUUGUUGCACCAGCUCUUCGCCGAACACCGGAGAGGAGAAAGGGGGCUGUACGUACUGCGCUGUUUACGCGAGGUAGCCCGAUGUCAAGCCCAUUUUCCAGAAAGGAUCAGAGUUUAUAAGCCAGAGCUGGACAAACUUUGGAGUCGGGUAUGGCCUCUGACACUGCGCCGUGUGAGCUCACCCCAGUUAGAAGCUCUCAGCCUUGACCUACUGGUCUCCAUUGUCCACGGUGGACUGGUCAAUGUGGAUCGAGAGUUUUGGAAGCUCUUCUCAGGAUCAGCAUGUAAACCAUCCCAGAGCUCUGUGAUUGGUCUGGCCCAAGCUCUUCUGAAGUGUCCGGUCCCUAAGGAUCACCUGGGAGUCCCAGAUGGAUCAGGGUCACCUAACUUGAAGGAAACCCUCAUUAGCUGGUUGUUGAUGACAGAUCAGAGUGAGGAGAUGGAGGAUAACUCCAGGCCUCAUCCCAUCAUUUGCAGCGAUUUUCCUCACAAUCUAAUAGCAAACAUCCUGGUCUCCUUGACCUUGAAAGACACCUGUGCUGGCCUGAAUUUCCUUCUCGGUUCUGAGGGAGUAGAGGGUGCUUCUUCUCAAGUGUCCACAUCACUCGGUGUUAAUGAAGAUUUGGACAAGAUUGAGAGAUUGUACUUGCAAUUUAGCUUUAACACGGAGUUGGCACGAAGCAUAGGAUCUGACAAGAAGUCCAAGGUGACGUCAACUAAUGGGCACUUCACGGCCAUCGGCGGUCUCAAAAAGAAGUUGGAGCAGUCUCUUCUUUGUGUCGCCGACAACCUUCUUAACUGCUACUUUCCUAAUAGUCAGUCCACAACCCCAGAGUGCCUGUUGCGCUGUUUAAGCCUGCUGACGGGUGUUCAAGCAGGUUACGUCUCCACAGGCUGUCUCACUGAGGAUGAGGCAGAGCGUUCCCAACUAUUCACGAAAGCUAAGACCCUGGCUCAGGAGUUAAGUGGAUUUGUGUCGAGCGUGAAAGUGAAGAUGAGUGAAGAAUUAACCAUGACCACACUGAGGUCUGUCAUUAGGCUAUGCACUAUUUCUGCCACAACAAAAAACAAGGAAAAUAUUUGCAUAUUCUCCUCUCAUCUUUUCAUAAUGGCUCUCCCGGCGGGUUUUAUCACAGAGCUGGCAGAGAUUUACAAAAUUAUGCUCAGCAGCGUUUCCCCGAGAGCUUCAGUUGUAGAUGAAGACGAACCUACGGAUAAUGACUGGGAAAUGACCAGAACCCCGCAUGGAGACGACCAUCCUCUAUUCGAUGAUGAGGAGUUCCACAGUGGGACUCAGAGACCAAGGGGAGGAGACAGCAAUGAAAUGUCAAGUGGACCAGGUGCAAAAAGCCUGUUAGCUGACGAGCAUUUGGUCCACCAGGAUCUUGCUCUCCUCGAUAUCUUGGAGUUCUUGUGUAAGUGCGGCUCAGUUCACCCCGUCCAUGGCCAACUUUAUAAACCUCAGGAGGUACGACGCAAGCUCUUGCUGCUGGUGGAGCAGAUUGACCCUAGUAAAGCCCUGCAUGUCAACAUGUAUCUUGUCCUGUUAAAGAAGCUCCCGACUGAGGACUCCCUCACUCCAGAAGAGUUUGACUCUCUGCUUCGUCCUCUGGCGGACCUGUGUUCUUUGUAUCGUCAGGAUCAGGAGAUAUGUGUUGCACUUCUUGUGGCUUUAUUGCCCUCCAUCAGGAGCUUGGGGCGAACCCACGACAUGCAAUUAGAGAUGAAGCAUGUGCAGGGCUCCCUGCUACAAGUGCUGUCAGGGUUCUGUUACCUGAGCCAAACGGGGAAAUGCACAGCCACUGUCCGAGUUGCUUUAGUGCGAUGUCUGGUUGCGCUACUCGAGGCUGACCCAUGUUGCAGUUGGGCCAUAUUGAGUAUCAGGGAGGCUGAAAGAGAGGAAGACCGUCCAGUGUCUGUCAUCCUUCCAUCUCUCCUUGCGGAUCCCCAUCACCAAGUCCGCAUGCUUGUGGCAAUGUCAUUGGAAAGGUUAUUUCUGGACAUGAGACCCAAGCACAGAGACGAGAGAAAGAUGUUGUCGGACCAACAAGCAGUUUUUGAGAACAUUUACUUGAAAGCUCAAGAGGGCAUGACACCUGUGAAAAGCAGCUCAACUGAUGAUGAGCAGGAUGAGAUUUUCAACCGAAAGGCUACCUUGCUGAAGAGUUUGUCAGUUGUGCUGUGUUGUAGUCCAGUCUGCGAGAAACAGACCCUGUUUGCCCUCUUCCAGUCUUACAAGGAAAAUAAUAUUGAGGAGCACCUCAUUAAGAAGAUGUUGUGUAGCGUAUCCAAAGCACUCGGCUACAACAAGAUGAAAUCAUUUGUCAGCUCUCACCUGUACUACUUGGUUGCCGAAUGGCUCUCCCAGAGACAGUCUGAUGACAGCUACACACUUGAAUCUUUCCCUUUCACUCUACUCGACCAUGGCACGCUCAAAGAUUUCUAUAGCUCCUCCAACCAGGUGCUCAUCCCGCACCUCGUCUUCCUGGAUGACUUUGAGCAAGUGAAGUCUAUUGGCCGGUAUCUUGAGAGGGACUGGAGAGAGCUUCUGGCUGACUGUUUCCCCAAGAUCAUGGUCAACAUCCUACCAUACUUUGCGCUGUCUGGCCAAGAGACAGCACAACAGAGGGAGAAGGCCCACCGUGUGUAUGACCUGCUCAAAGAUGCAAACUGUUUGGGAAAACAGCAAAUUGACUGCCUGAUACACAGUAACCUACCGGAGUUAGUUGUCGAACUGCUAAUGACUCUCUAUGAAAGGGGUGCUUCUGAAGAGGACAGAGGAGACUUGAAACGCUUUAUAGGGGAAUUGGACCCUGUCCCAAACCCACCUUACUUCAGCUCUCAGGUCAUCAAAGCUACACUGGACUAUCUGAGCAAAUGCCACAGCUCAAACCACAAGUCCCUGGUAGCCAUUCUGUCAAAAACGCCAAUAUCUAUUCAGAGGAUUCUGCUGGCAGUAUGUGAAAAGGCCGCUGUGACAACUAACGGUUAUGAACGUCAUCGCAUCCUCCUGAUGUAUCACCUCUUUGUCAACCUGCUGCUCAGGGAGGUGAAAGACGGUCUUGGAGGAGCAUGGGCUUUUGUCCUCAGGGACAUCAUAUACACACUCAUCCACCAUAUCAACAGCUGGCUGGUGCAUGCAGACACCCACAGGCCAAUUCAGUGUGAUGAGGUCUCCAAGCGAAGCUUGUCCCUGUGCUGUGACCUCUUGACUGCCGUGUGUCAGGCUGCUCUGCAGUUCUGCGAUGAUGCUCUAGACUGCCACCUAAAGGUCAUUGUUGGUACUCUCACUGCACAAGUGACCUGCCAGCCAGCUAUCUCACAGCAGGUGCUCAGUCUAUUGAAAUUUCUUGUCAUAAAAAAUCAACACAAACUGAAGGCAGCCAUUUGUAAGUUGGAACCGUUUCCUGACCUGCCUGAAUUCCAAGAGCUACGUUCUGUCCAGAACGAUCUCAAAUACAAUUCUGGGACCUUCACAUUGAGACAGGAGAUAUCACACUUCCUGUCUAUGACACCUUCUGACUCAUUACCACUGACCAGACUUGAGGGAAUUCGGCAACUUUCCCAAAAACUGCAUGACAACAAGGAAGACAUAAGGGAGUUGCUUAAAGAGUGCCAUGCUGAGCCCACAAACAGCAUCCUGGUGAAGCUGGUUCUGGAUCUGCUGCAACUCUGUAAGCUGGCAACCAACCACCCUACUGGAGCUGACAUUUUAGAGGCAGCAGGAAGUAGUCUGGGAGAACUGGGGCCUGUAAAUCUCUCCACCAUCGUCUUGCUCCACGGCAGAGAUCCUCUUUAUGAAAAGGCUAUGACCAUCUUCCCCUCCACUGACUCUCGGUGUGUUUACAUCAUCCUUAACUGUGUGAAUGACUCCCUCACUCACCAGUGUAUUGAUGUGAGGAAGGCAGCAGCUCAAUCUGUGAAAGACAUCCUUGCCACUCAGUCUGGAAUCAACUUUUGGGACCAGCACAAACACAGUAGAGACCCCAUGUUGGCAUACCUAAAUCCAUUUAGAAAAGCUAACAAGAAGGUGGCUACUAUGAGUUCUGAGGAGAGUUUGCAGGCCAGGCAGAAGCUGGAGAACCAAGACUUUUGGAUCCCACAGAUGGGCGGCCACACAGUUUGGCUGAAGUCUCUGUGCGCUGCUCUGCUGGACAGCGGAGGAGUCAAAUGUGAGCCUCUCCUACUGUCCCGACCUCUUUGUCUGGUGAACUUGGACUGUUGCCAGAGGCUGUUGCCCCUCAUCAUUCAUUCUAUCCUCCUGGAUGACAGUCAGGGCUCCUGGAGAGAGUUGCUCUCUACCCAUAUCAAAGACUUCUUCAGUUUUUGUUCCCGAAGUGCUCAGGCUGCGAGCCGCUCCACCACACCACUCAACAUUGACUCCGAGACCGACACCGCCAGCCAAGGCUUGUACGACAAGGCAUCUCUGCGUACCAUGCUGGCCGUUAUUGACUAUCUGAGACACCAGCAGAGACCGCUGACAUCGGAUAGCAAGCCUUCUGGCACAGUGUGUGAUUCCAACUUCUGGCUGGACCUGAACUACUUGGAGGUGGCCAAAUCUGCUCAGUCAUGCUCUGCUCACUUCACUGCUCUGCUCUACACUGAGAUAUAUGUGGAUAAGAUUAAAUCAAAUUUGGAGGACAGUCGCAGAACAAAAGGUAAAGCAACACGCAAGAUCAACUUUGAAGAAAACAGCCAAAAUCUCACCAUCUCAUUCCUGACCGGGAAAAGUAUGGAGGACUCCAACAUCAGCUUGCAGGAACUGCUGAUUGACGUCUACCGGAGCAUCGGUGAGCCUGACAGUCUUUAUGGCUGUGGAGGAGAAACAAUGACCAGUCCACUGACAAGGAUUCGAACAUACGAGCAUGAAGCUAUGUGGGGAAAGGCUCUGACUUCAUACGAUCUUCACUCGACCCUGCCAGAUGUCACUCGACAAGUGGGAAUUGUGGAGGGCCUGCAGAACUUUGGUCUGAGUAGCAUCCUCACCACCUACAUGAGGGGUCUGGAGAGUGAAGGGGUGGAGUGGGGAGCUGAGCUGAGGGAGCUCCGUUUCCAGGCUGCCUGGAGAAACACUCAGUGGGACUGUGAGCUUUCUGAGAGGAGUGAUAAACACAAGCCGGGCUUCCACGAGUCUGUGUUCUGCGCCUUGCAAGCAUUGAGGGACAAGGAGUUCUCCAUGUUUGAUGAUAGUCUCAAACGGGCGAGGGGUAGAGAAGUAGAGGAGCUGUGUAAAGGUAGUCUGGAGGCAGUGUCCUCACUGUACCCAGCCCUUCGGAACCUGCAGAGCCUCAGGGAGCUCGAGAGCAUCAAACCUCUGUUUACAAGAUCAUUCUCAGAGUUGACUGUUAAGAAUGUGCAUAACCAGAGGAAGCAGCACUCCCAGCUGCUCUCAAACAGUGACUUUGCUUUGGUGGAGCCCAUCUUGGCCAUUCGUUCUGUGUCCUACAACACCCUGAUGUCCAGGACGGUGGAUCCCAACACUACUCAGUAUCUCAGCUCAGUGCUUACUGACCACUUAUUGGAACUGUGCCAGAUGGCUCGGAAAGCAGGGAACACACAGUUGGCGGAGCGAGCAGUGUUUCAGAUGAAGCAGCAAGGAGUUGACGACCCCCGAUCAUCAUCACCAGUAUCACUCUGGCAACUGGAAGAAGCUCAGGUGUUUUGGGUCAAGGGAGAACAAAGUCUGGCUCUCGGCCUUCUGAAACAGAUGAUCCAGAAGCUUGAGGAAAAUAUUGACUUCAAUCCUGCUCUGGCACCGAUCUACACUGAGUGCCUCAGGCUCUGUGGUAACUGGCUUGCUGAAACGUGCCAGGAAAGUCCUGGAGUCAUUUUGGAGAAGUACUUGGAGAGGGCUGUUGAGGUAAUUGAAGUUGAAUCCGGAGUGCAGGACGCUCGGCUUCAGAAUGAGCGAAUGGAGGCCUUCCUGUCGCUGGCUCGUUUUUCAGAUGCCCAGUACCAGAGCAUUGAUAAAUACAUGACUUCAUCAGAGUUUGAGAAUAAGCAGGCCUUGCUGGAGAAGGCUAAAGAAGAAGUGGAUCUAAUGAAAGAGCGUAACGUAAUAAAAAACAGGUAUACAGUAAAGGUUGAACGAGAGCUGGAGCUGGACGAGAAGGCCCUUUCCAACCUGCAGGCAGACAGACAGCGCUUCCUGUGUAAGGCUGUAGAAAACUACAUACAGUGUUUGGAGCAAGGUGAGGAGCACGACACAUGGGUGUUCCGCUUGGCGUCGCUCUGGCUGGAAAAUGCUGACAUGACAGUAGUCAAUGACAUGAUGAAGAAAGGAGUAAAGAAGAUCCCCUCCUACAAGUUUCUACCUCUUAUGUAUCAGCUUGCUGCGCGUAUGGGAACCAAGAUGGCAUCUGGCAUAAGAGAGGAUGUGGGCUUCCAUGACGUCCUUAGUGAAUUGAUCUUCCGCUCUUGUCUUGAGCACCCUCAUCAUACAUUGUUCAUCAUCUUUGCCCUGGUCAACGCCAACAAGGACCAACAGUUUUGUACUAGUCGGCUGACGAAGAGUGCUCCACGUCAGUCUUCGCCAUUUGACAUGGAGCGUUCCAAUGUGGCCCAGAAGAUCAUCAGUGCCGUCAGGAAAAAGAGAGGCGAGAUGAUCCGGGGUAUUGAGCGACUAUGUGACGCUUAUAUCACACUUGCUUAUCUGGAUGCCAGCAGGCACAAGGUAGAGAAGAAGGCAAUUCCCAUUCCUGCGGAUCAGCCAAUACAUCAAGUCAAAGACCUGGAUGAAGUUGCAAUUCCCACUGUUGAGCUCAAGGUCGAUCCUUCAGGUCGCUAUGAUGAUGUAGUGACCGUCCAUUCCUUCCUGCCUCAUUAUCACCUGGCUGGAGGAGUCAACCUGCCCAAAAUCAUAGACUGUGUGGGCUCUGAUGGCAAGAGCAGAAGGCAACUGGUCAAGGGUAAAGACGACUUGCGGCAAGAUGCGGUCAUGCAGCAGGUGUUUGCCAUGUGUUCCAUGUUGCUGCUGCGGAACACUGACACUCACAAGAGGAAGCUCAAUAUCAGAAGAUAUAAGGUGGUGCCGUUCUCUCAGUGCAGCGGGGUCUUGGAAUGGUGCUCCGGUACGAUUCCUCUCGGAGAGUACCUUGCGGAUCCCGUCAAAGGGGCUCACAAACGAUACCGACCGCAGGAUGCAUCCAGCCUCGCCUGCCGCAAGAAGAUGAUGGAGGCACAGAAACAUGGCUUUGACGAGAAGCUCCAAGCUUACCUCGAGGUGUGCAAAAACUUCAAGCCCGUGUUCAGAUAUUUCUGCAUGGAACGCUUCGUGGACCCCGCAGUGUGGAUGGAAAAGCGGCUGGCCUACACCCGCAGCGUGGCCACUUCCUCUAUCGUUGGCUAUAUCGUUGGCCUCGGUGACCGGCACAUUCAGAACAUCUUAAUUGAUGAGCAGACUGCUGAGCUGGUGCAUAUUGAUUUAGGUGUGGCUUUCGAGCAAGGCAAGAUUCUGCCCACCCCCGAGACCGUCCCCUUCAGACUCUCCAGGGAUAUUGUCGAUGGAAUGGGCAUCACUGGAGUGGAGGGAGUUUUCAGGAGAUGUUGUGAGAAGACCAUGGGGGUGAUGAGAAGCUAUCAAGAAGCUUUGCUGACCAUCGUGGAGGUGCUGCUCUACGACCCCUUGUUUGACUGGACCAUGAACCCCCUAAAAGCCUUCAACCUGCAGCACGACGAGCAACAGGAGCUCAACGCCACACUCAGUUCAACCAUGGGAGGUGACGACUUGGACAACCACAAUAAACACAGUGACAGCCAGAACUUCAACAAGGUGGCAGAGCGAGUGCUGCUGCGACUGCAAGAGAAGUUGAAGGGCGUGGAAGGGGGGACGGUGCUCUCCGUGGGCGGCCAGGUCAAUCUGCUCAUCCAACAGGCCAUGGACCACAAAAACCUCAGCAGGCUCUUCCCAGGCUGGCAGGCCUGGGUGUAGAUGUCACACCAGAACAGGAGGUUAUAUUAUCCGUAUGUUCAUUUUUACAUUAAAAAUGAAAACUAUGGCUGAUAUAAAACA